AUGUCCACGGCAGCGGUCCGCACUAUCAGGAAAGAAAUUAAGGAUCUGUACAUCAACAUUCAGUCUCUGCAAGAGAAGGACAAGGCCUGUGGCAACGGUAACGGGAUCAUAAUAAUUGCAGAAUCAUCCACCGGCUGCAUAUUUGCAGGAUCAUCUCUUGGGAAAAAAGGUAAGUCUAAUUCCCCUGUCAAUAAAUGGAGCAAAUCUGAUUCUUUCGGUCAAAAUGAGCUGUAUUUUGAGCUGCAUGUACUUAGUUUUCUCUUCAAUUGUUAUUCUGACACCCCCUCCCUGUUCAACGUCACCAGGCCUCAGCAUCUGUCAGGUCUCGAGCUGGUUAGGGACAUGUGCAAUGGCAAUCUGGAAGGAGCCACAGUGGGAUCCUCGGAAAUUACGCUCACUCCUGGGAAAAUCAAGGGUGGGAAUCACGUCGCAGAUACUCGGACUGCUGGAAGUGUGGGACUGCUGAUGCAGAUCUCACUGCCAUGCGCCCUGUUCGCUCAGGGUCCGUCAGAGCUGUGCCUGAAGGGAGGAACCAAUGCUGAGAUGGCACCUCAGAUCGACUACACAUUGAAGGUCUUCAAACCGAUAGUGGAGAGAUUCGGAGUUCAGUUUGACUGUGAUUUAAAAAUGAGAGGAUACUAUCCUAAGGGAGGUGGUGAGGUGGUGCUCAAGGUGAACCCUGUGAAGGAACUGAGUCCCAUCAACAUGACCGAAAGAGGAAACAUCACCAAGAUCUACGGCAGGGCCUUCGUGGCUGGAGUGCUGCCCUUUAAGAUUUUUCUUCACUACAUAAUUUACGUUUCUAUUUUUGAAUCCACCGGCUGCAUAUUUGCAGGAUCAUCUCUUGGGAAAAAAGGUGUAUAUGCUGACAAAGUUGGCAUCGAGGCUGCAGAAAUGUUGCUAAGAAACAUCAGGCAUAAUGGUUGCGUGGAUGAGUUCUUGCAAGACCAGCUUAUUAUUUUCAUGGCCUUGGCAAACGGCACAUCCAGAAUGCGAACAGGCCCGAUCACUCUCCACACACAAACGGCAAUCCACAUGGCCGAGCAGCUCACGAACGCUAAAUUUGUUAUACGCAAAGCAGAGGAUGAGCACGGCAACAACGAUACCUACAUUAUCGAGUGCCAAGGAGUGGGUGCCACCAAUCCUAGCUUGUGAACGCAUGGAUUCAUCGUCAUCGGCUUGUCCCCAGCCGAGAUGAGGAGGACUUGUAGCAGAGACACACUACUACUGUAACUGACUGGAUAAUGCAAAGAUAACUUCAUUAUCUUUGUUAGUUGCGAUUAACAAUUUGAUUUUUGGCGGUGACCACUGAGUCUGUCCACAUUUGUUCCCUGUUGUGUCCCCUUCUGAAACUUUCGUUGUUACUCAGGGUAUUGCCUUACACUGUAAUGAAACGGAUACUUUGAACUCUUCACGCAAUAUUCGCAGAAUCCUGACUGUUUUUGGGCAAAUUUGCUUUCCGCACGCUAACACAAGCCUUAAAGUUUCAUUAAAUCCUUCCGAUACUGUUAACAAUAACAAUAGCUUAAACAAUUUGCAUGAACGUAGUAAAAUCUAUGUAUGUCACUGGUAAAUUAGUGCACUGUGUGUACGAGGAGGAAAAGAAAGUUUUUCAUCCAAGUUUAUGGUUCCAUGUAGCUGCUUUUUUUUUGUAUUUAUUUAAGUCGUUUCUGCAUUGUUUCGAAAAUUUUAUUGCCAUCUUAUACUAUUCUCAUUAACAUUCUUAGAUAAUUUGGUCUUUUUGACUCUUAAAAAGGAUUAAUUCUUUAUCAUUAUUUCUGUUUGUUAUUUAUAAGAUGGAUUUUUUUUUUGCGCAAUUAUUUUUGCAUUUUGAGGCUACAUACGGUGACCGUGUUCUUUUGUUAUUUGCGUUAAAAAUUGUGGAGAAAAAAUACAAUAAAAUGAGUG